AAACAGGAAACAGCCGCAUUUAUGCUACGAAGCAACUUCCGUUUCAUAAUGCUGCUACAUGUGAGGGUAACAUGGUUAGAGUAGCCUAGGAUGUUUGUUUGCUUAAGUAGGUGAUGAUCAUAUACGCUGUUUGUUAUCUGAGUGGUAUUUUUGUGAAUACAGGGUACCAGUCCAACACUAUGAGUGUUUAGCUUGUCAAGUUAGCAACUCCUGGGUAGACUCACUGGUGUUGCAGCAUGAUUUACCAUAGAAAAUGGAAUGUAGUGCCUGUAGCUGACAUCUUUUUCUACCAUGACUCAGAGGAGCUGAAGUCUAUUCAUUGUUUAUGCUCAAGAGCGUUUGUAUGUGAUAGAGAACUGUACCGUUCAGAUGCCAAGUCUCUCCACGAAAACUUGAUUGAUGAUGCACUUGAAGUGUCCCAGGAUGAUUAUGAAGAAUCAGACCAUGACCAUUUGUCAGAGAGUGAUGACCUGGACGAGGAGACCAAACUUAUGGCAAGCAUGGGGCUUCCAGUUGAGUUUGGCACCUCUUCUGUCAAGAAAGGGAGAAAACAUGUUUCGAAGACAAUGGCCAGCCAACCAGAAGUGCUCUCUGGAACUGAUUCUGAGCCUGAGGACGACGAACUCUGUGUUGUGGGUCCUACUGAAACCUGCGCCGUCCCUGACACUCCUGAGGAAGACGCUCCUGAGAGCCCAGUGAAGCAGGAGGGUUGGGAGAAGUACUGGGCUCAGCAGGGCGAGGGCCUGCUCUGGCAGAGCUGGCUGGAGAACCACCCGGACAACGAUCCCUCCCCAGCGGUGGGACCCUGGGACUGCCCCGACACGAGGGAGGAGUGGGAGCUGCACACCAGCCAGACCUACCUCUACUACUGGGAGCAGUUCAGCUACUGGGCCUCUCAGGGCUGGUCCGUGGCGGAGGAGGACGCCCACAGCAGCACUGCGCCUCAUGCCAAUGAUCCUCCACUGGAUGGAGAGCAGGCAGCCGAAGAGGCCUCCACGGAAGGGCCGGACCCUCCCGCCCAGGGCCCUGGGGACGCCAGCAGCAGUGGUCCGGAGCAGGGACGUGCGGGGAUGGGAGAUGUGACUCAGCUGGUUGGAGAGCUGAGCUUACAGGCGGAUGAGACGGGCAGGGGUGUCGGACAGGACGGGGCGCCCUCAGGAUACGAGUGUGUGAAGGACAGGGGUGAUGACAGCAGACAGUCUGUAUCAGGCAGUGGCCGUCCCCACUCAGCAGACCACCAAGGACACCGGAGUCAUUUGCCUACCAACCCAGCACGGCAGGCCACAACAUCACCACAUGAUGACGAUGGAGAUGACCAAGACCCUCCAGAGAGCAAACCUGCCAAACUGAAGAGGAGCCAUGAGCUGGAUGCAGAGGAGAGUCCCCCCAUGACGUGUAAGGAGGCCUGGGACGUGCUGGGCCUGAAGCGCAGUGCAGAGCACAGGUUUGAGAGCGUGCUGAAGUUCAAGCAGGGCCCCGGGGGCCUGGGGGCCCAGAGAGCGGAGGGGAACGGGAAGCGGAGCAGGAGGAGGAAGGCCGCCUGUAAGGUCAACAAGCACGUCUUCUUCUCCGAGGCCGCCGAAGCCUGCCCGCUCUCCAAGAGCAGGACCCUGAAUAAAGUUCAGAACUUUUUAAAACUAGUUCAGAGUGAGGGUGUAGAAGAGCACGGCGUGGCCUCGGCUCCUGCAGCUCCACCUGAGGAGCUCCAUCAGCCUCCUGCACCCUGCGCCCCUCUGGCUCCGCAUCCGGGGGAGGAGCCGCCUCAGGAGGAGCAGCAGCAGCAGCAGCAGCAGCACCGUGCCCCCAGCUCAUGCCUGGAAGACAGCCUCUCUGACCCACAUCUUCACAAGACCAUUCAGAACUUCAGUGAGCCAGAACAGGACGAGGAGGAAGAGGAAGAGGAGGAUGAUGAAGAGGAGGGGGUGGCAGCAACAGCAGCGUCAGUGGAGGAGGAGGAGGAGGAGGAUGAAGGUAGGAGGCAGAGGGAUGAGAACACCCGACCCACGAGAGAGGUUUACAGCCUGGACAUCCCAGACUACCUGCUCCCUGAUCCUGCUGCCAACAGUGAUGAGGAUGGAGGUGCUGGUGGCGCUGAGAGCAGCGCCGCGAGGCCUAGUAAGAAGAAGAAGAGGAAGCCGAGGAAGAGGCGGCCAGACGCGGACAUGCCUCCUGAGAUAGCAGCAGAACCGGAGCUAGCCAAGUACUGGGCCCAGCGCUACCGGCUCUUCUCCAGGUUUGAUGAGGGCAUCCAGCUGGACCACGAGGGCUGGUUCUCCGUGACUCCAGAGCGGAUCGCUGAGCACAUCGCUCUAAGGGUCCAAGCCAGCUUCCAGUGUGAGCUGAUCGUGGAUGCGUUCUGUGGGGUGGGAGGCAACGCCAUUCAGUUUGCCCUCACUGGAAAAAGAGUGAUAGCCAUUGACAUUGAUGCGGGCCGGCUGGCUCUGGCGCAGCACAAUGCGCAGGUGUACGGGGUGGCCGACCACAUCGAGUUCCUGCUCGGGGACUUCCUGCAGCUGGCUCCCAGGCUGCGGGCCGACGUGGUCUUCCUCAGUCCCCCGUGGGGAGGGCCCGAGUACUUGAGCGCAGACGUCUUCGACAUCAGGACCAUGAUGACGCCUGAAGGAUUUGAAAUUUUCAGGUUGUCCAAGUUGAUAUCUGAGAAUAUAGUGUAUUUUCUCCCUCGAAAUGCAGACAUGGAGCAAAUUGCCUCUCUUGCUGGUCCUGGUGGAAGAGUGGAAGUGGAACAGAACUUUCUUAACAACAAACUAAAAACUAUAACAGCCUACUUUGGUAAUUUAAUCAAAUCAGACUCUUAGUGUCUA